CUGGGAGGAGGACUGGACCUGGCUCCCCUCAUUCAAAACCUCUUUAGACAUCUGCCAAUGCGAAACAUGUCAACAAAGUAAUCAUUAAUGCUGUUGUAACUCACUCAAUAGUUGGUCGUGUUGUCAUAUUUCACUCUAAUAAGUUGUUAGCGUGACUUUAAUAGAAGUUGUAUGCUAAAAUAUAUCAUAAUAGUCAAGAAUAAUAAAAAAGCCUCGUCUCUUAAAUCACACUCUUUUCAAACGGAGCUCUGAAUGGGGAAAUAAGGGUUAACAGAAUCUGAUCUGGGACCAGUUGUAACGCGGCGCUGACUCCGCCCACCACAAGCAAGCGGACGCCUGACGUCCGUUACUAAGACAUCCGGUGACAGGGAGCCGAGCAGGUCAAUUUAGCGGCAAAAAAAUCCGUGCCGAGCGAAGACAAAAUCAAACUUUCUACCAUUCGUUGGACCGGAGCGGCGUCCCUUCCGGGUCUGUGCGCGGCACCGACGAACUGAACCGCGGCCAGCCGACGUCCACGCGAGUAGUUUGAGCGCGAAGUCUACCGGAAGUGAGAGUCUUGUUUUCCUCUUUCCUGCCUGGUCCGGGCGGAACCAAUGAGGCGAUAGAAGCUUGGUCACGUGAGGUGGCCGGACGCUUGUUCACUUCCGCUGAGCGCUCGUCAAUGACGUCACCAUGUCCAAACACGGCAGCCGUGGGAAAACUUUAAUCAUCGCCGAAGAUGAAGAGGAGAUGAACCCUUUUUCCUUCAAAGAGUUUCUCCGCUCGAAAGACCACAACCUGGACCAGGACCAGGACCUUGUCCUAAACCGAGACCAGGACCUUGUCCUAAACCGAGACCAGGACCUUGUCCUAAACCGAGACCAGGACCUUGUCCUAAACCGAGACCAGGAGCCCGACGAGGACCAGUCGGCGUGGGAGGUGGAAAUAGAAGAGGGUGGGCGGAGCUUUCAGUCUGACGUCAGUAGCUCCUCCCACUGCGGUGAGGACGAGGAGGAGGAGCAUGACGAGCGGGCAAGCAGGUGUGAAGGUGGCGCCCACUAUGAGGGCGAUGACGAAAUGUCCAUCUUACAACCAAACACUUCCAGCAGGGGGCGCAUUCGACAGCUGCAGCAGGAGAACCGCCUGCUGAGGAGGACCAUGGUGGACCUCCAGAGGGCGUCGCGGGCACAGCAGCAGAGGGCGGAGGUGCUGGAGGAGGAGCUACGGCGGCGGCGCCGUCGGGAGCAGCAGGAGGCCCAAGACAUGGAGACCAUGGUCCAGUCCGUGGAGCAGAACCUGGACUUGAUGACGAAACGAGCGCUGAGAGCCGAGGGCAGCGUGUCCACGAUGAGGGCGGAGCUAGAGCUGCUGCAGGCCCAGGUCAAACGUCUGCGCUCGGAAAACGACGGCCUCAAGUCAGCCGAGUCCGACGUCGUCACGGCGAUGAAGCGCAACGCUCAAGUCGCCUCCGACUACCUGGACAAGACAGCAAGCCACGCCCACUCCUCAGUCUGUCAGCUGCUGGAGGGGGCGGAGUCUCUGCGCCUGGUCUCUCAGCUGCUGCGCUCCAUGGAUAAAGUGUGGGGCGUGACGUCAGAGUCGUGAGGCCACAAUAAAUCCUUUUUUGCUCUCA